CUCUUCCGGAACAGGCCUGUGCCCCGGAAGCAGUUAUUUGUUGAGGGAAUUUGGACCUGCUUUCGAGGCUGCUGUGGCCAUGUUCCUGUCCGCGGUCACUUUUGCCAAGACCAAGUCAAAAACAAUUCUGGUGAAAAUGUUGAGCCAAGCUGGAACAGGUUUUUCCUUCAACACUAAGAGAAGCCGACUGCGGGAGAAACUGACUCUCUUGCAUUAUGAUCCAGUAGAAAAGGCAGAGUCACAGUCCAGAGUGAUCUUGAAAGAACUCCCAUGCAAUAACAGAGAUGGCCGCGGUGAGCAGGAAUGCGCAUAUUCACAUCAUAAGGAUGAGAUCAUAUCCUUUCCAACUUCAACCUUCCAGCCUUCCCUAACCAGAUCAGUUUAGGGCAACACGAUGGACAGUGAGAAUCCAGUUUUCUUAUCAUUAUUGUUUGCUGCUUCACUCUUGGGUCUUGGGCCAGGUCUACACUGUGAAGACGAAGGAAGGAACUGAGCAAUUGUUCUGCUAAUCUAACUGCUGAAAGCUGGUGGGGAUGAUUCACAGCACACUGUGUGUGCCUUGGCUGGAAUACCUGGUAUUUUUGUCUACACAACCCAAAUUCAUCACAUACUGGCUGAUUUGUCAUUUCAUCAGGGGGAGAGUGUGUAGUUUCGUGAAGGCUGUGUCUCUAUCAGGAGUAAGCUAGUGUCUAGGGCACAGGUGGUAGGGCGAGAUAUCUGAACUAGCGCUAUGUUGCAAAAGAGUUUCCUUCAAAUGUUAUUUACUUUACAUGAGGGGUAAGUUUCUGCUCCAGAUGUUUCUCUGUUGCAUAGAUCAGUGCUUCCCCCAAAUGGUGGCAGGCAGCCCGGCAUGCCCAAUAGAAGGGCACAUAGGAAUCAUGAGGGUAUUUCAUUUCAUUUUCUUUUUUGUAAAUUACACAGGCAUCUUCCUGUUCCACCUGCAGAGAAUAACUGAUGAUGUGAACUGUUUCUAAUGGGAGUAGGUCUUAGCUCUUAGGUGAGUCAGGGCUCAAAAAGAUGCUGAAAACCAUGGAGACUGAUAGAAUGAGCUAUUUGUUUUGACUAUGAAAUAAGCAUCUAACUUAGGCUCCCCCGCCAAUUUUUUAAAAAAGGAAAUGGACUGCCAUUAUGUCCUGAAUUCUUUUAUUUUGGUGGGGGUGGGGUGGGGUGUCUUCUGAAUUCUUAAGAAUUCUUAAAGCCACUUCUCCACAUCCCUGUUGCCACAUUCCCAGUCCAGGCUGCCAUAAUCUCUCAGAUCAAUGUAACAUCUUUUUUUUUUUUUUAACAUCUUUAUUGGAGUAUAAUUGCUUUACAAUGGUGUGUUAGUUUCUGCUGUAUAACAAAGUGAAUCAGUUAUAC